AUGUCUCUCUCUACUAGCUUUAUGGAAUUCUGGCUAGGGUCACAUGCUCACACAUCAGGAGCGGAUCAGAUUCCAGCUACCUCAGAAUCUAAGCUCUCCAAUGCUAAACCUGUGGUUGGGGAUCCUACCUGCGAUGUUAAGAAUAAUGUUAUAGAUGAACGAAGAAGGGUGAGGUCACCAACUCAACCUGUCUGUGAGAAGGGAGAUGUUAUGUUGAGUUACUUGAGGACAUGGCAUGCCGGUAUGCCCAAUGAAGGAGAUGAUUAUAGAAUCAUGAUUGCUUUAGGAUAUCAGGCACAAUGGUAUCCGAACCAUACACUUCGUUCUAAAUUACCUCUUAGCCAAGGAAACUUUUUUAUGAAAUAUGGUGGGCAACUUGUGGAAGUAAGAGCUGAACUUCUUUCUGAUGAUUCCGAUUUUGGUAAGUUAAACCAUCUAUUCAUUUUCAGACCAACAGAAGGGAUUAAAGCGCCCUGA